UUCAGAUUUCGAAUUUUUACUGAGUUUAAAUAGUGAGUGAUGCUGGUGUGUUCUCUGGAUUGCGAUCGAGACCCAGUUUUUCUGGCCGGGGAGAAAAUACAAGUGCGACUCACUAUUCAGAACCAGUCUUCGGAUGAUGGCGAAGAAGAGAGUCUGGCUAUCUGCACUGGACAAUUGACAUGCAGGUGUGCAGUGAAUGGGAACAGAGUGAACAAAGAAGCAGCGGAGAGUAACAUGUCAUCAUUCUUCAACAGCACCACCACCAAUACUUUUUCCAAGACUACCUCUGGUGUAUCUUCGUACAAAAAGAAUACUAACCACUACCAACUGGGGGCAUCUAACACUUCAUUCAAUAUUGCACAGGAUGAGAAAGGCUACAACGUGUUCUGUACGAAACCAGAGAUCAUCAGUUGUGAUUUGAGUUUGAGCAAGAAUGAGAGUAUCUCUUACGCCUUCUGUGUGCAACUGCCCACUUCGUCAGAGAUGGUGCCUCCCUCAUUCAACGGUCACUGUGUGCGCUUCACUUACAAACUCCUGUUCGGGUUCCAGAAGGUGGGCCAGCCAAUGCAGAUGAUCAAGUGUCCCGUUAGGGUACUGACUCUAUGUCACAAACUUCACGGCGAAUAUCUUUCAGCAAUAUCAAUGAAUUCCUCGCGAGACCCCAUGACAGGUGGAAAUAGUCCUUCAAGUAGGAAGUACAGUCCGCUUGAUCUCAGUGAAAAGGAAAAAGAGAACCCUUUCCACGAGGAAUCAGAAAUUCACCUGAAGUCAACGGAGGAGUAUGAUCAGCAGGUUGCCAUGGAAACGGAGAUUGCGAUGCAGAGUCUUAGUCUAUCACACAGAGGGGUAGGAGGACCGAACAAGGGGGGAAAUGCAGUGGCAUACAGUGUGCGAAAUGGACAGACGGAGAUAGCCAAGUUCUCACUGGCCAAGUCCGCAUUCCGAAUAGGAGAGGAGAUAUCCGGAUUCUUUGAGUUCAACCCCUUCCCUAGAUACUGUCUGCAAUACACUGUGAAUCUGCAAUGCGAGGAACGCCUCUCCGACCAGUUCCGACUGGACGCUUCGUCCAACAUCAAUCAGCCGGAGUGUUUUGGAUCCAAGUGUGAAUACGUAGCAGACAUCUCCCACUGUGAACUAUCACUCCCCAUUCCACAUUCAGUCACGCCUUCGUUCACCACAGAACUGGUGUCUCUGGUCUGGAGUCUGCAAUUUACUUUCAUCAUAUCAACUGAUAGCCACCCUGACAUCGCCACUCAAUUCACAAAUACCUCUUUUGACGACGAAAAUGACGACCAGAUUGUAAAUUACAGUUGUCCCACUAGUUACGAGACGUUCUCUUGGACACUUCCCAUCACAUUGUUGCCCAAUAACCCUUUUAAGCUCCAAAGCUGCUCAGUGGGCCUGAAAAGAAAUCACACUCUAAACAUGACUUGAAUCAAAACUAUAAUUUAUCUUAUUAAAGAUUUUGGAUUGAAUUUUAUUUGCGGUGUAUCAACGAUAGGUCAAAGAAAUUAUAUGAUAUAUACUU